UGUAUACUGUUACAACAAUAUUUUAUUAAAAACAACCAAACAAACAAAAAUGCUUUCUCCUACAAAAAAGGAGAAGGAAAAAAAUAAAAAUCAGAAAAAGAAAUCAAAUCAGAAUCAACAAGAAUUAACAAAUGGGCAACAAGUAGCACUAAUACAGAACGGAAAUAAACAUAAUGGAGAUACAAAAAGGAAUGGCAUUUCCUCUCACCAUCUCCUCCCUUCAGAAGAAGACAAUUCAGAAUCUACAAGUAUUGUGGAUGAUAAUUCUGCCUCAUUAACUCUACAACAAACCCAUUUAAUUGAAAAUGAAGGGCAAAGCGACGUUUUAAAAACAGAAGAACAUUUUACUUCGGAAAUCAAAUCUUUUGUGGUUGUUAAUCCUCCAAAAUUUAAACAGAGAAUAAAAGCAUAUCGGUUAAAAUCAAUAGACAGGGUAACCUUGGUUGCAGAAGUACAAAGUUGGCCUGUUGCUGAAUUUGAAUGGUUUUGCAACGAUAAACCUGUCAACGAGAUAAAGAAUCAAGAUACUAUAUUUACAGUAAAAACAAGUGGAAAUGUUAGCAUAAUGAACAUACAAAAUUCUCAAAAACAAACAGAAGAAACGAGCAAUUUAAUUAUUGGAAUACUCUCCCCACCCCCUACACCUGAACCGACUACAACACAUUCAAAGAGUACAAAGAGGCCGCCUAGAUUUUUGACUGAUGUGCCUAAUUUAGCUUUGAUUAACUCAGAAAUUGCUGUAGUUGAUGUUGAAGUUAGACCUGUUGCUGAUAGUUUUACAUGGUAUCUGGACGGUCAUCUUAUUGCUGAAAUUAUCCCAGCAAACACAUCAGAAGACGUAUUUCCAAUAGAUUCUGCAAAUGCAACAUUCUUUCUACCAAAAUCUGGGCAAUGUGUUGCUCAUUUCAAAGAGGCAAAGCCUGGACGGUAUACUUGUGUUGCCAAAAACGAAGCAGGAAUAGCCAAAAGUACAGGGUUUAUUGAGAGAAUAUCAGAUUUAAAUUCAAUCUCCAACAUUCAUUCAAAUCUUCUACGAGAAACAACACUUCCCCCUAUAAGUAGUGAAGGCAGAGGAGGGUCAAGAGAAAGAUUUUCUGGCUCACGCACAAAAACAACAAUUCACACAACUACUGUAGUACAUCGCUCCUCUAGUCUACCAAAAAGAAAAGCUUCUGGGGAGAGUUCUAGGGCGGAUAGUGAAUUCGACUCUUCUCUAAUUGUCCGCCCAAAAAUGGCAACUCCAGAAAAAGAAAGUGUUAAUGCUGACAGAACCCCAAUUAUACCUAAUUUUGUUGUUUUCCCGCCCCCAACAAUCUGCCUUUCAAAACAAAUGCAAAAAACACUUGAAUUACACGUCGCUUGCCAAGCUUAUCCACCAGCACAAAUAACUUGGUUUAUUAACGGAAAAGGAUUGGCAGAGGAGUUGGAGAAAAAUGAAUAUCGAGUACUUACUGAACAUAAUGAAUCUAGAUUGUUAGUAGAGAGUGGGGGAGAGGGUGGUUUACCUAAGGAAGGAAUUUAUGUAGCGGAGGCUUCAAAUGCAUAUGGAACGGGAAGAUGUGAAACGAUGGUUACCAUCUCUGAUGAUUUGUCUACGAUUGAUGAAAACUCUCUAGAUGAUUCCGAAACAGUAACAAAAAUAAUUCAAAAAAGAGUAGAACGCCAAGAAUUGUUUGAACAAGAUUCUGACGAGGAGGAUGAAUUUUUAAACGAAAAGGAGGGGAACAGCGAUGAUAAAUUUUUUGUGAGUACACAAACUAUUGAAGAAGCACCAAUGAGGGAAGUUGAACAGAUUCACAUUUUACAACAAAAGAGACCCGAAAUAGUUCUAGCUCCAGACAGUCGAAUAUUUGUUCCAGGUGGACUUCCUCUUGUUUUAGAGUUGAAAGCGGAUUCGGAAAGUGAUUGCACUAUUCGUUGGUAUUUAAAGAAUUUUGAAUUGCAUCCAAAUGGAAAUACUGUGAUCGUUGAGAAUUUGGAAAGAAAUCAUGAGAAACUCACAAUUCUAAACCCAACAGAAGGAAUUUACAAAGCGGUAAUUCAAAAUGAUCAUGGAAUGGCUACCUACGAAUGUCGAGUACUUGUAGAAGUUCCACCUCAAAGUGAUCAAGAUUUGCCAGAAUUUAUGCAACGUUCUCGUGCCUUACUUCUAAAAUCGCCUACACCCCCUCCAAUCUUUAAACCAGAAAAACAGCGUCCAACAAAAGAAGAAAGUGAAGCAGUUAAACGGAUUGAUAUAGCUCCAAAAAUUAUUUCAGAAUUUGAAGAGGUUUAUAGAAUAGGAGAGAAUAUGCCUUUUGAGUUAGAUGUUAAAGCAGAGGCUAGACCUGAAGCUCAAUUUCAAUGGAAGCAUAACAAUUUUGAAAUAAAAUCGAAUGAUCAAGUACAAAUUAAACAUGCUGGUGAGAAUAACGAAAAAAUAUCUUUUGCCAAAGCGGUUGAUGGAAUUGUCGAAGUUCAUGCUGUGAAUAAAUUAGGAAAGGAUAUUAAACGAACAAAAGUGAUAGUCGAUUAUAAUUUUGAUCCUUCAAAUGAAAAUAAUGUUAAUAAAAAACUAACUGAAGAAAUGGAAGAAAGGAAGGAAGGGAAGGAUGAAGGGCCAAAAAAAUUAGAAAAGCGGAAGAAAGAUACUCAAGGAGUGAAGGAAAAUGGAGAUUUAGAAGGUGUUGAAACUAGUAAAAAGAAAGAUAAGAAGAUAGCUGAUAAAGCAAAAGAAACUGAAGCAAAGGAUAGUUUGGAGAACGAUUUAAUUAGUAUUGAGAAACAGGAGGGUAAGUUCAAAUUAGAGGCAGGACUGAGACUUGAUCUUAAGCGAAAAUCUUGGUUAUCGGGAUCGAGAUUUUUCGAGAUAUCUAUCUCGGGACACUCCCAAGUAGGCGCAAAGCCAUAA